UCCCCACCCGGUCGAGUUUAAACUACUGAAAGGGGGAGACACAGGAUGGUGUUUCGGUUUCGGGGUCUCUUAAUCCACAAUCUCCAGACCGAGAACAGAGAACACUAACUUAUCGAUUAGAUUAGGAAGCCAAAAGGAUAGAACCCUGCUCAAAAGCUCCCAUAACGAGCUUUCAUACGCCCCGUGCCCUUCUCCGCUACCCCUCAGUCUGUGGUACUGGCGGAGGGCGGAGGGAUCUGGAGGCGGCGGAGGGAGACGUCAUUGCAGGGUUGUUUGUGCAGCCUCGGCGGCGGCGGUGACCAACAGUGAUUCGGCCGCUGUGCCGGGGGGUGGGGGGGCUGCGCGGGACUCUUUUCUUUCAGACUGACCGCGGGGCAGCUGAGGAGCAUGUCGACUCCGGCCCGGAGGAGGCUCAUGCGGGAUUUCAAGCGAUUGCAAGAGGACCCACCUGUGGGUGUCAGUGGCGCACCGUCUGAAAACAACAUUAUGCAGUGGAAUGCAGUUAUAUUUGGACCAGAAGGGACACCCUUUGAAGAUGGUACUUUUAAACUAGUAAUAGAAUUUUCUGAAGAGUAUCCAAAUAAACCACCAACUGUUAGGUUUUUAUCCAAAAUGUUCCAUCCAAAUGUGUAUGCUGAUGGUAGCAUAUGUUUAGAUAUCCUUCAGAAUCGAUGGAGUCCAACAUAUGAUGUAUCUUCUAUUUUAACAUCAAUUCAGUCUCUGCUGGAUGAACCGAAUCCAAACAGUCCAGCCAAUAGCCAAGCAGCACAGCUUUAUCAGGAAAACAAACGAGAAUAUGAGAAAAGAGUUUCGGCCAUUGUUGAACAAAGCUGGAAUGAUUCAUAAUAGACAACUGGUCUGUUAAUUUUUUCAUCAUUGUUGUGUAUAAUUUACCUCUCAGUAGAAAGGCUAACAAAUUUUAAGUGCCACAGGUUUUAAGGAUUCUGCAGAGAAAAAAAAAAGUCCUUCAGUUUAGAACCUACAAAAGCUUGUGUAUCUUGAUUAAUGUACUUUUUAUUGCAUGGUGUGAACUAAGUUAUUGCUUACAUAAAUUUGUAAUAUAUCCUGUUUGUAUUUUUUUCCAAGUGUAUAAUGUUGGUGUGGAGUUUUCAUGACAGAAUAAUACACAUUUUGUAAAUCUGUACUUUUUUCAAAUAUUGAAUGCCUUAUUUUUGAAUUCUUUAGAUUUUUAAAUUGGAGAAAAGCACUUAAAGUUUUUUAUAUAUGAAUAUUACAUGUAAAGCUGUUAAAAUACAUAACUUCAGUGCAAGAGACUUUGUCACUUAUUUCCUUAUCUGUGUAGGAGGGGUUAAUAAGUCUCUAGCUCUCCAUCAAUUGAUAGUUUAUUUCCAGUUUCAAAAGAACAGAUUUAUAUUUUAUCAAGAAAUUCUUCAAAUUUGAUUCUAACCACCAAUUAUAAUUUCCGACUUUAUUUUAAAUGUUUGAAUGAAACUAAAUCCAUUUCACUUGAGCAAUUAUAGACCUAACUGGUUUGAUUCUGUCCAACUCUGUAUUUAGGCCACUUGUUACUGUUUCUUCAUGCACUACUUACUGUUAAACUGUACCUUUUGCAAUUUCACAGUUUGUACCUCUACCAUGAGGAAUUGGCACCUCUACUGGGAGCAGAGAGCUAAUGCAACUUAUUUGCUGCUUGAUAGCACUUUAAAAGAUUUUUGAUAAUGAAGAAAGUAAAACCGUAAACAUUUACCAAAAUCCAUGCCCCACUAUUAACACUGAGUAAGAGUUGGUUGCAUUGGUUUAGCAAGGCAGAUAUUUGGAAGGGAUCUUGGUGUAACUUAAAAUAUUUGAAAACUGCCUUUUAAUGCAAUUGCGUAUCUGUUUAUUCUGGAAAAAUGUUUUAAUACCAGGGCCUGCUGAGUUGCUUUCUCUUGUGGAGAUUUUUUUUUUUUUAAUCUCCUAAGUUGUAUAAAAGUUGUACUGCAUCUUAGUUUACUGGAUAAAUUUAAAACACAGUAUUGUAGAAAGCUAAUACAAAGCUAUCCUAUGCCUUCAAAUAGUACAGAAAAUGGAAAAUAUACAAGUAAAUUCUGUUGAAACACCUGUGUAGUCUUUCUAGUAGUUAAAACAGCUAUUUGAGUAACCCCAAUAGUUUCUUGUCCUAUUCUUACUAGCUUAGUAAGCUGACAGUUUCUGUUGGAAGACUAGGAUCGCAGUGUCUGCAGCUUCUAUUUUUUAAGCCAAGUUUAACACUGGAAGGAUAAGUGCUGAUGUUUCCCUUUAAGUUAUUACUUGGCAAAUUUUGGGGUAAGUGUAUGAUCUUAGGAAGCUUUUUAUACAAAUAAGAGUCCACUCACUGGAAUUAAUGGCCAAAAAGAUGCUUAUGGGUACUUUUUGGUUGUAGUAAAUGUGAUGCUUUCAUAUUCAGCUCUGAGACAAAGUGUAGCUUCUGUAGACAUUUACUCCAGUGACUGACUCUUAAAUAUAACAGUAAGAGUCUCCCCUCUUACUUCAUUAAAUGCUAUUUGGUUACUGCUUCAAAAUCUAUUUUUAUCUUAAUCUGUAUAUUUCAAGUUGAUAAUUAUAAGGGGGUCACAUCUCACUUUGCAGGGAGUCUCUGAGCUCAAAGUCCUAAGUUCAACACAUGCAUAAAACUCAUAUCUCGUCCACAUUCCCAUUGGAGAAAAUUCUUAGGAAUAUUCCUCUCCCAAUUACUCCUCCGUUUUUUUUCUUCAGCCUUGGAACAGAUUCCUAUUUCUUUGGUUGAGUACUAGAUGUAAACCUUCAAUUUACAAGGUUAUACCAUACAAAAAUGUUUACUUUUACACUAGGUAAAUUUUAUAAAUGUGUAUGGUAUAGCAAGAGGCUAGAACUAAGUCAUUUAUUUCAGUAUGAAGUUGGAUUCGUGCUAAAGUUUAAAUGCAUUUGUGAUGCACUUCCUCUGUAACAGUACUUCUGACGUAGAAUACUCAAUGUGCGUGGCACUAUUUGAAGCACUUUAACAUUUAUGAUCACAUUUCAUACAGUAAUCCUGUGAGGUAGGUACCAUUAUAUUACAGAUGAGGAAUCUAGAUACAGAGAGAUUAAGUGAGUGAUUUGUUGAAGAUCAGCAAGCUAGCAGGUGAUAGAGCUGGGAUUUGUACCUGGGCAACCUGGUCUUUUAGCCAAGAAGUAGACUAUCCCUCAAGAAAUAAUAAGGUAUUGAGUUCAGUUUUAGAAAACCUAUUAGACUUAAAUACAUCCCUCUCAUUUUUAAAAAUACUUGAGUUGAUUUAGACUUGGGCACAGACUCGUAUCUAUCGAGUGAAGAAGUUUUCUUGACCACCAUUUUCUACUUCUAUUUUUUUUGGUUAUAGGAACACCUUCUAGUCUCCGAUAUAAAGGACUAUGACCUAUGACUUAUCAAUAGACCAAAUUUUUUUCCCUUCAUGGAAAUAUUCUUGAGUCAGUACCCCCACACACCCCAGUAAAAGUUCCGUGAAUAACUUCUGAAACUGAUCUAAAAAUUCUUACUCCUGUAGGUAGGUAGAAGAUAGUGAAAAAGAAAUCUAUUAAAGGUGCCUUAUUUAGUAACCGUAUUUUGUGCUUAGUAAACAAAGUACCUGUCUACUUAAUUGAUUCAUUUAGUACUCUGAAGAAAGAACCCUAGGGCUCAUAUAAUACAAUUUAAGAGUUAUGUCUGAGGUAUUUUGAGCUCUCAGUUCUCCCAAGUUUUAAGAGAUAGGGAUCAACUUUUUAGGUCUUGGUGGUAUUUAUUACAAUUCCUUUCUAUUGCAUUUCAUAAUGCAGAGUCCCAGAGGAAUCUCAGUUAUGUGGGGAUUAUUAUGUAAAUAGAAAAGUCAGUAGUUGCAAAGCUAUUAAAGGUAAAUGAAAUUGUCCAUAGGGCAAGGGCCUUGUGCCAAGAUGGUAGCUCUGUUACUUCAGUUCCCAUCUAGUUAGGAAAAAACAACUGCUGUCAGAUAGGAAUAAAGAUUAGUUUUCUUUAGUUAUUCAAGUAUAUGACAUGGAGGAAAGAGAAAGUCUUAUUGUUGUUGUUUUCUGUCCUUUGAAAAAGAAUAUACAAAUGUGUGUGCCAUUCCUCUUUCAGUAAUUUCUCCACCUCACCCCAGCCCAGCUGCAUUGGUUUAAAACAAUUUUGUUAAUAACGUCUUGAGGUUUUUACAUUUCCUAUUCAUAGCAUGGGCUAGGGCUUUUUUUUUUUUCAGUUGGGCUAGAAAGACAAAUGAGCUGUGCCUUUUGCAAACCUUUUUAGUAAACAACUCAUCACAAGCUCAGCAACAUUAGCUCCUUGCUGGUUGAAAUCAAGAACCCUGGAAGGAAGGGCUCCAGGCUUCCUCUUUGGCAUAUGGAGGUUUCAGCCUUGGGUGAAAAGCCUGCAUGGACUGACUUUCAGGAACUGCCAUUGACUUGAGUGGUAAAGCUUGGCCACAUGAUGCUUUUGUUUAUCAGUCACUCAUAGAAUAAUACGUAUGAGAAGACUAGAGAGUGUAUUCUGCUGACAGCAAAUAACCUUUUAGCUGGUUAGAGGUCUUUAUAUGGUGACAGUCUUGGUUUACAAGUAUGAUGCUUCUGUAGUCUUUUGGGGGGAGCUUUCUAAACCCCUACCUGGAAGACUGGGAUCCUUAAAGCCACUGGGUUGGGUACUUGGUCUGGAGGGGAUCAGAGCCUAUCUAUAAAAGGAUCUCUGGCUCCAUCAA